CACAAUUGAAUAACACGCACAGGCGAAGGCGACGGCGAAGGCGAGGGGAAACCGCAUCGCUCCAUGGCGACGGAGCUCUCCGAUCGCUUCUCGGCGCCCGCGAGCCUCCCGAUCUCAUCCAUUUCCAGGUAAUGGGGAGGAGAGAAGAAGGUAAAGAGCUGAUAAUGUCUGUUGACGGAGAGGAUACAAGAUGGAUGUGUGGCAGUUCUGGUGUGGUGAACCUCCACCGAGUCAGUUCUAUGGUAAGAGAGAUUGGAGAACCGUGCCUGUAUCACUCGCCCGCCAAGCGAAACAAGAUGCUCAAACCAGAAAAGUGGCAAACAAAUUUUGACACUGAUGGGAAGGUUGUAGGCUUUCAAAAAGCACUUAAAUUGAUUGUCUUAGGGGGUGUCGAUCCAUCAAUAAGGGCAGAAGUCUGGGAAUUUCUCCUUGGUUGUUAUGCUUUGAGCAGUACUGCUGAAUAUCGGAGGCAAUUAAGGAUGGCCCGAAGGGAACGUUAUGCGGAUCUAAUCAAGCAAUGCCAAAUGAUGCACUCAAGCAUUGGUACGGGUAACCUAGCUUACAUUGUUGGGUCCAAAGUUAUGGAUGUAAGGACUUUAUCCAAGGACAAUCGUGAUGGGAAAUCAGUGACUACAAGUGGGUAUGCUUCUAAUGAUACUACCAUCAAGCUGGACUCAUUCAAUGAUAUGGAUAAUGACUAUAUGGACACACUGUAUUCAUACCGAAAGAAAAGCUCUGGUAAUUCAAUUGAGCUAGUCAGUACCAGAAUGAGCACAGACAGUGCUGCUUGUAAUUAUUGCUCAAGGAAAUCUGAGAGUGAAAUCAAUGAACCUCAGUAUGACAGCGAGAGUUUUUAUGAUUUUCCUCCUCUUCCUGUAACUAAUUUAUUCGAGAAAGAUGGUGGUGAUGAGAGUGAAAGUAAGAAGCAUAAGAAGCAUGGUGAUAAAACUUUUGUUUUUGAAGGUACAACAAGAUUGGGGGAUCAACACAUGUAUAGCUUCCAAAUCAACAACAACGAGGAUCUGAUUAUGGAAUCAGAUUUUCCAUCUGCAAGCAACAAUGAGAGUAACCGCUUUAAUUCAGAUGGUCAGAAGUGUGUUGAAGGGACAGACGAAAUGGUGUUUGAAGAGGAUGUUGUCAAUGGGUUGAGGAUAUUGGAUGUUCCACAGGCAGGUGCAAUGGGUGAGACACCAACAAAUGCACUGGUCACCAAUGAAGAUAGAGUUUCUGAGUGGCUAUGGACACUUCAUCGAAUUGUUGUUGAUGUUGUGAGGACAGAUAGUCAUCUUGAAUUUUAUGGAGACUCAAAAAAUAUGGCCAGAAUGUCAGAUAUUUUGGCUGUCUAUGCAUGGGUUGAUCCAGCCACUGGAUACUGUCAAGGAAUGAGUGAUUUGCUUUCGCCCUUUGUCGUACUUUAUGAGGAUAAUGCAGAUGCCUUUUGGUGCUUUGAGAUGCUUCUCCGAAGAAUGCGUGAAAAUUUUCAGAUGGAAGGGCCGACUGGAGUCAUGAAGCAAUUGCAAACAUUAUGGAAGAUAUUGGAACUAAUAGAUGGUGAAAUGUUUGGGCAUCUUACAGCCAUAGGUGCAGAAAGUCUUCAUUUUGCCUUCCGAAUGUUGCUGGUUCUUUUUCGCCGGGAACUAUCUUUUGAUGAGGCCCUUCGUAUGUGGGAGAUGAUGUGGGCUGCUGAUUUUGAUGAAGAUCUAUCUCAGCAAUUAAACUCAAAUUGCCUCAAACCAUUAUCCUUGCAACUUAGAAAAAGUUCAAGUGGAGAAAUAAGAUUGGAUCAGACAGAAAGCAGCAAAAGAAAACUUAAAAAGACAAGAUUACAUUGCAGAAAUGGUGAUUUUUUUGCACAAUAUAGCAAUGGGGCUAGAUCCAUUUCAAUCCGUCCAUUUUGUGGUCUGUCAACCGCUAAUUGCUGGGCAGAGAAUGAUCAGCUGCAGGCUUGCAGUAUGUCUGUAUCAACAAGGAACAGUGAUGAUGAAUUGCCUGUCUUCUGUGUAGCAGCUAUUCUUAUCAUCAACCGCCAAAAGAUUAUGAGAGAAACUCACUCGAUCGAUGAUGUGAUUAAGAUGUUUAAUGACAACAUGUUGAAAAUCAAUGUAAAAAGAUGCAUACGCAUGGCCAUCAAACUAAGGAAGAAGUAUUUUUACAAGUUGAUAAAGCAAACAAGCUUGGGAUGUUCAGAGCAAUGAGUAGGAAAACAUUUCUGGUGCUGUUUAUACACCUUGGAAAGGUUGCCCAAGUAGCUGCUGAGGAUUUUUUUGGUUUCAAUGUGACAUUUCGUAGCUCCCAGUGUGGAACCUGUGUUGGAGCCAUCGCCCAACAUUUCAUGAAAUCGAGUUUUAAUGAGUUUGAUGCGGCAUGCCCUCAAGCAAAUCUGUACAGAUUCUUCUGAUUUGACCAAAUACUUGAAAGCUUUAAAAGUGGAAGCAGCGAUCCUUUUAGCUAGAAGUGGAGCCUGAAAGCAUCACGUGUUUGCUGCUGUAUUGAUGAUAUACCACCGGAUUACUGAUGAGCAGCAGAUAGCAAUCACCUUUUCUUUUUCCCCUUAUUUAUCUGUCACUACCUCAGUGCCAAGCGGAAGAAGAACAAAUUUUUACUUGCUACAAUGAUCUCGUUAAAGAAAUUUAACCUUUUUACGGA